AUGGCGACAUCCACGGCGGCGAACGGAGACAUUCUGAUGCUGGAAGCUCCACCAUCGGCUCGUCCAGCUUGGUCCACCGGAGCUGAAGUAAUUGACGCUCUCCCUUACAUCGACGACGACUAUGGCAACCCCAAUGUGAAAGCGGAGGUGGACCAUCUGGUGGAAUUGGAGAUGCGCCGGAGCUCCAAAAAGCCCUCCGAUUUCCUCAAAGAUCUCCCUCCGCUUCCAAAAUUCAAUUUCGAGGAUCAUCCAAUGCUUGCGAGGGAAUAUGAGAGGGUGAGAGCAGGAAGGCCUCCAGUUCAGAUGGACACAUCAAGAUAUGGACUUGAAAUUCCAGCCGGCAACAAACAAAAUGAUGAAAAUGCAUGGAAACAAACGCUGCAAAAAGGUCAGCGUUUGCUGCAGCAUCAAGUUAUCAGGCUGGAAAAUUUGGACCUGAUGUCAAAGCAUGGUCCGGAGGUGUGGAAGCUGUAUAACCAAAAGUUGGAGGCUAUAUUGUCCAGGACACAAUCUCAAGCGGUGAAACUAAAUGAAAAGAUUGACGCUGUCAAUCGUGAAAGGAAAUAUCAUCAGCAAAAUGCGGCGUACGAGCUUAACGCUUUAUCAUCACAAUGGAGAGAGUUAUGCAUGAAGAACACAGAAAUCCAGGCUGCUUGUAGUGCUCUUGACAAUGAGAUUGAGGAAAUGAGGAAACGUGCUGCAGAAAGGGGCUGGAAUGUGGAUGGUAGCAUGGAGAAUGGCUCCAUUCCGCACUUACCAUGA